GUGAAGGGCUUAUAGGUACAGGUACCCACCUGAAAUACCUAUAAGUUACUACCCAAACCCACCCCUUUUCCUUUACCAGCUAUUAAGACUGAGCGGCAAUUUGAAAUCAAUAACGUUAAAACUGGUGAUAUCCAUACAUCGGUAAUAAUGGCUUCGUCUUCGCUGGAACCUAAUAAUCUCUUCGACGUUAAGGGCCUUAUCGUCGUUGUAACAGGAGGAGGAACAGGAAUUGGUUUAAUGAUCACUCAGGCAUUGGAAAGCAAUGGUGCUAUCGUUUAUAUAGUCGGUCGUCGAAAGGAUGUCCUAGAGAAAGCUAUUAGCACCGCCAAACAUGGAAAUAUUCGCGCAAUCCAAGGUGACGUGACCAGCAAAGUAGACCUUGAGAAAAUUACGGCAGAAAUCAAGUCGGCGGUGGGCUAUGUCAAUGUGGUAAUAGCGAAUUCGGGCGUAGGGGGUCCUACGAUGGCGGGCUUGCCACCUCAAGCUAGUCUUUCGCAAUUUCGCGAUCAUCUUCUAGGUUUUGACGCUGCCGAGGUUUCUAAUACGUUUACUGUGAACUCCGUGGGUGUAUUUAAUACCGUCGUCGCCUUUCUCGAACUUCUCGACGAGGGCAACAAGCGCGGUGGGCUUAAACAGAAAAGUCAAGUCAUUGCGACAUCAAGUAUUGGCGCCUAUAACCGAAGCCCUUUCGCCAGUUACGCGUACUCGAGUUCCAAGGCCGCUGUUAUUCAUAUGAUGAAGCAAUUCGCAACUUCAUUAGUGCCAUAUGACAUCCGAGCUAACGUUAUCGCGCCCGGAAUUUACCCUAGCGAAAUGACAGAGGGAAUACAACAGAGAUUCCAACAAGAUGAGAUCCCGAAGAAUCUCAUUCCCGAACAACGGUUUGGCGACGCUGAGGAUUUUGCUGGCGCGGUCUUGUUCCUAGUUAGCCGAGCUGGCGCCUACAUCAAUGGCAAUGUACUAGUAACCGAUGGAGGACGGUUGGGAGUGGUACCGUCCGCUUAUUAGCUGAUAUGCCGAAUUUCACGAUGCAAUUAUUAGGAUGUUGUGGAGGCGAAUUUGCGUCCGAAAGAUACCGCAAAUUAGGCGUAUUUUCAAAGUCUCCACGAUUCAUACUCGAUCAAAAUAUUUUAAUUUUUUUCCAAAA